AUGGCUGCACCACAGGCGAUGACAGAUGACGAGAUCGCUAAACAUCACCUCACCCUCCAUUCAAAAUACUUCCCCGGAAAGUUUGACUGGGAGUUUCCUGGGCCCCAAGCAUCCGUAUCGCAAAGGCGUCAAUAUAUGUACGCCUUCACAAAUGGUAUCACGGGCCAGAAGGCUUCCAAGUCACGACGAGCCGCGUCCGCAAACUUGCGAAAGACCUAG